AUGGGAAAUUAUUAUUUGGACAGCAAGGAAAAGUUACAUUUUAGCAGAGCGCACUUGGCUAAACUUGUGAAAAUUCAUCAAAAUGAUGAUAAUGAUGAAUUUAUUUUGGCUAAUGAUAUUCUCAAAUCGAUUGGAAAUGAAAAAAUUGGAAAAAGUGAUCGAUUACAUCGUUACAUUGAAGUUGCCAGAUUUGUUGCUGAAAAUUGUGCUAAUCAAGGAAUUAUUAAUUUACCGGUGGUAUUUACAUUAAAUAAACAUAACUUAGAAAAAAGUAAUUCGAUCAAUUAUGGUCCAUCAUUGGAGCAAAUAACUUCUACCGGUACAGCAAUCAAUCAUAAACAGCGGAAUUUUUUAUCAGUUGCUCAAUGGAAUGCUUAUUUAUACUAUGAAUGUCGUUUUUUGAAUAGAAAUUUUGGUGGAACAUUUUUGAAUGCUAAUAAAAGACGUUAUUUAUACGAUGAUAAUGAUAGUCGAGAGAUAAGCUCAUCAACAUCAGCUUCAGAUAAGAAAUUUUUAUCACUAUUUCAAUUCCAUUAA